AUGACCGAGCGAGAGAUCACGCCACUUAACGAGAAGCCACAAGCCAUUGAUAUUGACCAGGACCAGCAGGAUGAAAAGACAAAAGAACCUAGUGCUGGCUUCAAGGACUACCUCAGAAUCUUCGCAUACUCUGAUAAAUGGGAUUGGAUACUCAAUGGAAUCGGUGCCCUGGCUGCCAUCGCCUCUGGCGCCUCUUUGGCAUUGAUCAAUGUCGUGUUUGGUGGUUUUGUUACAUCUGUCCAGAACUUCACUAUAUCUGGCGAGAGAGCCGACUUUCGCAGAUCGAUCAACCAGUACGCUCUCUAUUUCGUGUAUCUAGCCAUUGCUAGGUUUGUCUUGACGUAUUUCUAUACUGUGGGCUACACCGUCUCUUCCACAAGGAUCACAAGAUCACUCAGACGCCGAUAUCUGAGAGCUACACUCUCUCAAGAUGUAGCAUUUUUCGAUGAAGGCAAUCAUGGUUCAGUGUCAGCUCAGAUUGUCACAAACGGCAACAUGAUUCAGCAGGGCAUUGGAGAGAAGUUGGGCCUGACCAUACAAUCCGCCUCGGCCUUCACUGCAGCAUUCAUUGUUGCUUUUGUGACCAACGCGAAGCUGACAGGUGUCACCGUUUGCAUAGUUCCUGCCAUCAUCAUCGUCACCGGAAUAACAGCAGGUAUUGAUGCAGGUUACGAGACCGAAAUCCUAAACACAUAUGGCCAAGCCGGAUCAUUCGCAGAAGACGUUAUCGCAAGCAUGCGAACUGUCCACGCUUUUUGGGCUCGACCAAAACUGGUAGCCAAAUACGAUGAGUUCUUACAGAAAGCACAUCGAGUAGGGGAUAAAAAGUCGCCAAUCUAUAUGGUUCUCUUUAGCAGCGAGUUCUUUUUCGUCUAUGCUGGGUUUGCCCUUGCGUUUUGGCAAGGUCUUCGUAUGUACAACUCUGGGGAGAUUGCAACCCCUGGAACUGUGGUCACAGUGCUUUUCUCUGUUGUCGUUGCAGCGACAAGUCUGACUCAACUCGCCCCAAACAUCAUCACUUUCACUAGCGCGACUUCAGCAGCAUCUGUACUUUUUAAAGCUAUUGAUCGAGUCUCCGAAAUCGAUCCAUUGUCACAGCAUGGGGACAAACCAGAGAAGAUUGAAGGGUAUAUACAACUCAAGAACUUGAGUUUCACUUAUCCCACACGGCCAAAUGCACCUGUAUUACACGACUUCACGUUGGAAGUACCUCCUGGUAAGGUUACAGCGUUCGUGGGCGCCAGUGGAUCCGGAAAGAGCACGAUUGUUGCUCUACUAGAACGGUGGUACAAUCCAGAUGGUGGCAGCAUUACUUUAGAUGGUCGGCCGAUAAGGGACUUGAAUUCACGAUGGCUCAGGACCAACAUCAGGCUAGUACAACAAGAGCCAACCCUUUUCAUGGGCACUGUCUUCCAAAAUGUAAAACACGGACUGGUGGGUACCAGGUGGGAGCAUGCACCCGAGGCCGAACAACGGGACUUGGUCAUCGAAGCAUGCAAACUUGCGAAUGCUCAUGAUUUCGUUUCUGAGCUGCCUCAGGGAUAUGACACGGAAUGCGGAGAGCGUGCUGGUUUGCUAUCUGGCGGACAGAAACAACGUAUCGCCAUUGCCCGCAGUGUCAUUUCACAGCCAGCAGUCCUUCUGUUGGAUGAGGCCACCAGUGCGUUAGAUCCGCAUUCAGAGGGUGUCGUACAGAAUGCACUGGACAAAGCUGCAAAGCAACGUACAACAAUCGUUAUCGCUCACAAACUAGCCACCAUCAAAUCAGCCGACAACAUUGUUGUAUUGUCGAAAGGUCGCAUCAUCGAGCAAGGCACACAUGAGUCAUUGUUGGCUAAAGACGGUGCAUAUGCAAAGUUGGUCAAGAUACAGGAUCUGGGCAAAGCGGCUGAGCAAGACACUGACGACGAAGACGAAGAAGACUCGGUUUCGAGAUCAGGAUCGCAUAGCCUCGGACUCGAGAAGACACUCACCAAGAUCCCUAGCCACGAUGUUCAGAGAGUAGAGGCCGAAAAGGAUCGGGACAAUUACGACUUGCAAAAGCCUGUCAGCAUGGUUCAAGUAGUAUAUAAACUUAUCAUCGAGCAGCAAACCCUCGCCAUACCCUAUAUCAUUACGAUAAUUGGCUGCAUCAUUGGAGGUGCUACGUAUCCGGCUCAAGCGCUCCUCUUCUCCAAUCUUCUGGAUGUAUUUCUACUUCCUCAACCACAGCGUACAGAUCGGGGCAACUUCUUCGCGUUGAUGUUCUUCGUCGUCGCGCUCGGCAAUCUGUUCUGCUAUGGGAUGAUGGGUUGGUCUACGAACACUGUCGUGCAAGAGAUGACGCACCGAUACCGACGAGAACUCUUUGAUUCGGUGUUGAAACAAGACAUGCGUUUCUUCGAUCGACAAGAAAAUACUGUGGGUGCUAUUACAAGUCGGUUGUCGUCCAAUCCGCAAGCGAUCACCGAACUUAUGGGCUUCAACAUCGCCUUGAUUUUCGUGAGCCUUGUGAACUUGCUGGCUAGUUGUUCUCUUGCUAUCGCAUAUUCGUGGAAACUCGGACUGGUCGUCGUCUUUGCUGGAUUGCCACCACUUGUCGUGUCGGGCAUUAUCAGGAUGCGGCUUGAUUUGAAGAUGCAGAAUGACAAUUCCAAGCGCUAUGCUAGCAGUGCAGCUCUCGCAGGAGAGGCAGUCACUAACAUCAGAACAGUUUCGUCUCUAGCUCUUGAAGAGACAACCUUGCAGCACUUCGAGGAGAGACUACGAGAUGUCGUUCGGAAGACUAUUUCCCAGGUGCUGCACAUAUACAUAUGGUUCUCCUUGACACAAUGCGUGGAGUUCCUCUUCUUGGCCCUAGGAUUUUGGUAUGGUUGCACCUUACUGAUGAAUGGUGAAAUUACUCAGAAGCAGUUCUACAUUACGUUUGUCGGUACUUAUUUCAGUGGUCAAGCAGCAUCUCAAUUCUUCAGCUGGAGCACCAGUAUCACGAAAGCUAAGAGUGGUGCGAACUACAUCUUCUGGAUACGAAAGUUACAGCCUGUCAUGAGCGAAACGCUUGAAAACAAGCACAACGGUCCUUCACCUGACGACCAGCAAGCACUAACGUUGCACGAUGUCAAGUUCUCCUACCCUCUUCGACCUGAUGCACAAGUCUUACGUGGUGUUUCACUAAAGACUUCUCCCGGGCAAUUUGUGGCUCUCGUUGGAGCAUCGGGUUGCGGUAAGAGUACGAUUGUGGCAAUGCUGGAGCGUUUCUACGAUCCUGUUACCGGCAUGAUUACCCUGGACAGUUCGAAAGUGGCCUCGAAUAUAGCAUCACAGUCGCCACGCUUGUACAGAUCGAUCAUUGGUCUUGUUCAGCAAGAGCCAACCUUGUAUCAGGAUACAGUUCGCGAGAAUAUCGCGCUAGGUGAUCCCAACAAUGACGCAUCGCAGAGACCUACUGAAGAGGCGGUCAUCGAUGCAUGCAAGCAGGCCAAUGCCUGGGAGUUCAUAUCGUCUUUGCCUGAAGGAUUAUCGACGAUGUGCGGCUCGCGUGGUCUUUCGCUCUCUGGCGGUCAAAGACAACGUAUCGCUAUCGCCCGAGCUUUGAUCAGGAACCCUAAAGUCCUGCUGUUGGAUGAGGCCACCAGUGCUUUAGACACCGAGUCCGAGAAGAUAGUCCAAGCGGCUCUUACCGAAGCGUCGAGUCAAGGUGGUAGGGUUACGUUUGCUGUUGCUCACAGAUUGUCAACUAUACGGGAUGCCGACGUGAUAUGUGUUUUCCUGGGAGGUAAGAUAGUGGAGAUGGGUACACAUACUGAGUUACUGGAUCUCAACGGAUUGUAUACCAAGAUGUGUGCUGCUCAGAGUUUAGAUAAACAAGUAUAG